AUGAGCAUCAACUUGGAACAUAUCCUUGGAUUCAAGGUGCGGGUGACCAACGUCCUCGACGGUGUAACACAGGGCAAGAUAUACGCGUACGAUUCGGGAAACCAUACGCUGACGCUACUAUGUGGGCGCAAGGGCCAUACUGCGAGCUUUAAGGUGAUUAAGACGACGUUUAUCAAGAGCCUGGAGGUGGUGGGAGAGAAACCCACCAGCCCUGGCAUCAAGCGCGACACGCUGAAGCCCGCGGGCGUGAAUAUAGAGCGGGUGGUGGCGACGCUGCGGUCGCGGGAGGCCGAGCACCGGACGCACGACAGCGGGGGAGGGGCUGCGACGGCGGAGGGACGGGCGGUUUUCGAAAGCGUCGCGCGGACAGUGGCGAUGACGCGGUGGGACGGUGACCGGAUCGUGGUGCUGGACGCGGUGGAGAUCGCGCCGCCGUACACGGCGGCGGAUGUGCGCGGAGAGGCUGCGUCGUGCGAGCUGGUGGCGAAGAUCGUGGAGGGCACGUGGCGCAAGCUGGAGAGUCAGAAGAAAGGCGGAUAG